AUGCGUCUUUCAACUAUUUCCAUUCUUGCUCUCGCAUCCAGCGUUCUCGCAGCUGAAGUUAAGAUUGACGUUACAAAGGCUGUAGAGUGUGAGCGCAAGACUCAAAAGGGUGAUAAGAUUCAUGUGCAUUACAGAGGAAACCUUGAAGAGAAUGGAAAGGUUGGUAAAGAGUUUGAUGCUUCUUACAACCGAGGUCAACCUUUAAGCUUUGUUGUUGGAAAGGGUAGUGUUAUUAAAGGAUGGGAUGAUAAUCUUCUUGAUAUGUGUAUCGGUGAAAAGAGAGUUCUUACUAUUCCUCCUGAAUUUGGUUAUGGUGAUAGAGCUAUGGGUCCAAUCCCAGCAAAGAGUACAUUGAUUUUCGAAACCGAACUCAUGGGCAUUGAAGGAGUCCCCAAACCUGAAACCAUUAUCGAAAAGACCUCCUCAUCAGAUGCCGCUGAUACAGCAACCGAUAGCGCAUCAUCUCUAUCAGACAAAGCCACCGAAAAAGCUACUGAAGCAGCAAAAGGAGGUGUGAAAAGUGCUAUUUCUGAAGCCGCAGAGGCUGUCAAGACAGCUCUUGCUGAUACUGAUGGUGAUGGACAGGAGCACAACGAGUUGUAG